AUGUUGUUUCAGACUAUAAACAUCCCACAACUCAAUAAGACUAUCAAAGUACCAAUUGGUAUAUUUGUCAGUGGUACAUUUGUUCCAUCGUCGGAUGGGGGUAUGAUCGAUUCAUAUAAUCCAGCGACGGGUAAGAAGAUAGGUUCUUUCUAUGCGGGGACACAGAAGGAUGUCAAUGCUGCUGUUGAAAUAGCAAAGGAUGUCUAUACAUAUACAUGGUCAAUGAGACCCAUGAAGGAACGUCGCGAUUUAUUGCUUAAACUGGCAAGAUUAUUGGAACGUGACAAGGAGAUUCUAGCAGCAUUAGAUUCACUCGAUGCUGGUAAACCUUACAACAGUAAUGCGUUGUCUGAUUUAGAACAAGUUAUCACAUUAACAAAUUAUUAUGCCGGGGCAGUAGGUAAAUACACAAAUGGUGAAGUCAUUCCAGUAAGUAAUGACAAGUUUUGUUACACUUUGAAGGAGCCUUUUGGUGUAGUAGCUCUUAUCGUGCCAUGGAACUAUCCAUUAGCAAUGGCUUGUUGGAAAUUACAAGGUGCUCUUGCAGCUGGUAAUACCGUAGUGAUUAAACCAGCAGAAAAUACGUCCCUGUCAUUAUUAUAUUUCGCCCAAUUAAUUAUGGAAGCAGGAUUCCCAAAGGGCGUAGUCAAUGUCAUACCUGGUUAUGGUAAAGUUGUCGGGGAGGCAUUGUCUAACCAUAUGGACGUUAACAAAAUAUCGUUUACUGGUAGUACUGCUGUUGGUUGUAGAAUUUUACAAUGUGCUGGUAUGUCCAAUAUGAAAGAAGUAUGUUUAGAAUGUGGUGGUAAAUCCCCUGCAGUUGUAUUCAAGGAUGCACAGGUUGAUAAUGCUGUUGCUUGGACUGCAAAUGGUAUUUUCUACAAUUCAGGUCAAAAUUGUACUGCCAAUUCACGCAUUUACGUACAUGAGAAUUUAUAUGAUGAGUUUUUGAUCAAGUUCAAAGAAUAUGCUAGAAGACAUUACUCCUUUGCAGAUUUCGAUGUUUUCAAUCCAGAUUGUACUCUAGGGCCUGUUAUUUCACAAAUUCAAUACGAUCGAAUUAUGGAAUAUAUUGAACACACAGAGGGUAAGAGAGAUAUCUUAUUUCCAAUACCAUUGAAAACAGAAACUUCAGGGUUUUUUGUUCCUCCGGUAAUCUUCACAGAUGUUCCUGAAACGUCCGCUUUAUUACAAGAAGAAAUAUUUGGCCCAGUUGUUGUCAUUAAUAAGUUCUGUCACUAUAGUGAAGUUAUAAAGAUGGCAAACAAUUCACGUUAUGGACUUGCUGCCGCUGUAUUCACAGAAGGUGUUCGUCGUGGUCAUAGAUUUGCAAGGGAUGUACAAGCUGGUACAGUUUGGAUUAAUUCCUCAAACGAUGAAGAAGUGACAGUACCUUUUGGAGGAUUCAAAAUGAGUGGUGUUGGGCGUGAAUUGGGUAGGUAUGGUGUUGAAAGUUACUUGCAGACAAAGACUGUUCAUAUGAGUAUGGUACCACAUCAUUGA